UGAACAGGAAAACAUAUCUGAUACUAAACAGGAAAGCGGCAAUAAGAAUACGUAAAAACAAAUACGAGAAUAACAAAAAUUAAGACGGCACGCAGUCAAAACAUGGCAGUCAAAACAAAAGUCAUGCAUGUUAGUUGCUACAUUCUUGUGCUUGUGUUGCUAUCAAAUCUCGAUGCCACAUCGGCCGAAGCCUUCGACACACAUCUGCGUGGUCCCGGCUUUGUGAUGGAGCCACCCGGACGUGUUGAAUUCUCCAAUUCGUCUGGCGGUUGGCUUGAUUGUUCGGCAUCGGGUAGCCCGCAGCCAACCAUCGAUUGGGUACAUGCGGAUGGCACAGCAGUCUCAGAGAUCCACGGGGUGCGACGUGUACUGCGCAAUGGCACGUUGGUGCUCUUGCCAUUUCCGGCGGCGGCUUAUCACCAGGACGUGCACAAUACGAUUUAUCGCUGCAUCGCUAGUAACAGUGUGGGGCGCAUUGUGUCGCGCGAUGUGCAAGUGCGUGCCGUGGUUGCGCAAGCAUACAAAGUGGAUGUCGAGGUGCUCUCUGCCGCCCGAGGUUGUACUGCCAUAUUGCGCUGCGUCGUCCCGACGUUCGUAAAGGAAUUGGUGAGAGUGGUCUCAUGGGUUCAUGAACCUGCUAUCUACAUCUAUCCAUCGCUGCAAGGAGAUGGUAAAUUCCACUUACUGCCCACCGGUGAAUUACUUAUUCACAAUCUACAGGAGAGCGAUGAAUCACAAUCGUUUCGCUGCCGUAGUAUGCACCGUUUAACGCGCCGAGUGGUUGUCAGCUCGCCUACUCGUCUCAGGAUUAACUCUCAUCGUGGCAUCAUUUCCCCAAGCGUCGUCGAGCACACCUCUCAUGUACAAGUUUCACAAGAUGAAGGCGCUGUUCUGUUGUGCGUAGCUCAAGGUUGCCCAUCACCGGAGUACAGCUGGUAUACACACAACGGUCCUGGUCCAUUACCCGUGCUCAGUGGCCCACGCGUGCGUCUACUUGGUCCGAUAUUGGCCAUCGAAGCGGUAACGAGUGAAGAUUCUGGUGUAUACAAAUGUACGGCUAGCAAUGUGGGCGGAGAAGCGAGCGCUGAAUUACGUCUCACAGUGGCCGCGCCUAUACAAGUAGAGAUCUCACCAAAUACGCUGAGUGUACACAUGGGCGGCAAUGCGGAAUUUCGUUGCAUUGUUACGAGCAAUGGGAGUCCGGUGGGUAUGCAGAAUAUUCUUUGGUACAAAGAUGGACGACAAUUGCCAUCAUCAGGUCGCAUAGAGGAUACAUUGAUGGUGACACGAGUGAGUCGUGAAAAUCGUGGCAUGUAUCAAUGUGUGGUGCGGCGACCUGAGGGCGACACCUUUCAGGCGACAGCGGAAUUGCAGUUGGGAGAUGCACCACCAGUGCUGCUGUACAGCUUCAUCGAACAAACACUGCAACCGGGACCGGCAGUGAGCUUGAAAUGCUCAGCAGCCGGAAAUCCAACACCGCAAAUUUCAUGGACAUUGGACGGAUUUCCACUUCCAUCAAACGGAAGAUUUAUGAUUGGGCAAUACAUCACAGUCCAUGGCGAUGUAAUUAGUCACGUCAACAUUAGCCACGUCAUGGUUGAGGAUGGUGGCGAAUAUUCGUGCAUUGCAGAGAAUCGUGCGGGAAAGGUGCAACAUGCGGCGCGCUUAAAUAUUUAUGGUCUUCCCUACAUACGCCUAAUACCGAAAGUCACGGCCGUGUCGGGCGAAACACUAGUCUUAAAAUGUCCCGUCGCUGGCUAUCCUAUCGAGGAAAUACACUGGGAGCGUAGCGGUCGCGAACUGCCUGAUGAUAUCCGACAACGCGUUCAACCGGAUGGCUCCUUGACCAUUAAUCCAGUACAGAAGAACACAGACUCGGGCGUGUACACUUGUUGGGCGCGCAACAAGCAGGGGCAUAGUGCGCGUCGUAGUGGCGAAGUCACUGUUAUAGUCCCACCCAUAAUAGAACCGUUCGUGUUUCAAGAUGGUCUUGCCGAGGGUAUGCGCACGCGCACAGUUUGUGGUGUAUCGCGUGGUGAUGCACCGCUCAAAUUGAUCUGGCUUAAGGAUGGCGAGCCGUUGCCUGAAUUGUUGGGCGCCAAUGUCACAAUGCUCGAUCAAUAUUCGUCGUUGUUGAGUAUACCCUCUUUGUCGGCUUCGCACACUGGCGAAUAUACGUGCGUGGCAAAGAAUCCGGCUGCAGAAAUUAAAUACACUGCCGUAUUGCAGGUCAAAGUACCACCACGUUGGAUUGUCGAGCCGACCGAUGCAAAUGUGGAACGCAACCGCCAUAUUAUGUUGCAUUGUCAGGCGCAGGGAGUGCCAACGCCCAGCAUUGUUUGGAAGAAGGCUACAGGCAGCAAAUCCGGUGAAUAUGAGGAAGUGCGUGAACGACCAUUUACCAAACUGCUGACCAACGGCUCGCUGCUACUGCAACAUGUUAAAGAGGAUCGAGAAGGUUUUUAUCUAUGCCAAGCGAAUAAUGGCAUCGGUACUGGCAUGGGGAAAGUUAUACAGCUUAAAGUGAAUUCUUCGCCUUACUUUUCAUCCACUUCACGCUCGGUAACGGUGAAGAAAGGUGAUACAGCAAUUUUGCAAUGCUCAGUCAGCGGUGACAAGCCGAUAAAUAUCGUUUGGAUGCGUUCGGGCAAAAAUACGCUGAAUCCAUCAACAAAUUACAAAAUUUCGGUGAAGCAGGAAGCUACGCCUGAUGGUGUUUCUGCUGAACUGCAAAUCCACAUGGUGGAUGCCAGCGAUAGUGGGCCAUAUUUUUGUCGUGCCAGCAAUCUCUAUGGCAAUGAUCAGCAAUUGGUGCAGCUGCAGGUACAGGAACCACCUCAACCACCAACCGUUUUGGAGGCUGCUAUGAUUUCCAGCCGUUCAGUGAAUUUGAAAUGGCAACCGAAAACAAUGAACACGGCGGAUAUCUCGAAAUAUAUUGUUGAAUUUAAGGAAAUGGACUCGCUCUUUAUCGAGCAGUGGCAACAUGUUGAAGCCAAGGAUCCGCCCUCAUUCACUGCGUUAGUCGAAAAUCUGAAGCCAGCAACACGUUAUUCCUUUCGCGUGAUAGCCGAGGGCACUGCUGGCCGCAGUGCACCCAGUCAAGAGUUAGUGGUGCGCACCGAACCGCAGCGCCCAGCCGGACCACCGCUCAAUCUCUCAGUACGUCCAUUGUCUUCCACUGAGUUGCUCGUCAGUUGGUUGGCGCCGCUUGCUGAGCUACGUCAUGGCGAUAUACAAGGCUACAAUGUUGGUUACAAAUUGGCCAGUUCGGGCAACUCUGCAUACAAUUUUACCUCAGUAUCUGGCGAUGGCGAUGGUGGCACUGGCGAACUCUUGUUAAGUGGUCUACAAAAAUUUGCACGUUACAAUGUGGUCGUGCAAGCCUUCAAUCAGGUGGGACCGGGACCCCUCUCCGAACCAGUAUCGGCGCAAACAAUGGAGGAUGUACCAAGCCGACCGCCAGAGGAUAUUCGCUGCGCUGCGCUGACCUCACAGUCUCUGCAAGUUUCCUGGCAACCGCCACCGAUAUACCACACCAACGGUCUACUACAGGGUUACAAACUAAUUUUCGAACCCAUUCUUGAUGACUUUUCGCUUAAUAAAGACGAGGUUGAAUCACGGAAGACAACCGCAUUAACCACAGUGCUGACAGGAUUACGCAAGUACACUAACUACAGCAUUCAAGUACUAGCACACACACGUAUGGGUGACGGCGCGCUGUCCAACCCCCUUUACUGUCAUACCGAGGAGGAUGCGCCCGAAGCACCGGCAGACAUGAAAGUAGUCGUUAGCUCACCACAAUCUUUAUAUGUUUCGUGGCUGCCACCUACAGAACCAAAUGGGGUCAUUACAAAAUACAACCUUUACACGCGCGUUGUAAAUGGUCGAGAGGAGUUGAACAAUGAGAAGCGUAGUCUGCCAUCACAGCAGGCGCAUUAUGAGGCGAAAAAUUUGCACCCACACAUGGAAUAUCAAUAUUGGGUGACGGCUUCUACGCGUGUUGGUGAAGGCAAAAGCUCGCGUGUUGCAUCUCAAAUUACAACAAAUCGUGUGCCUGCACGCAUUGUUUCCUUCGGCGGUCCUAUUGUGCGUCCAUGGCGUUCAACCGUUACGUUGCCAUGCACGGCGGUUGGUAAGCCGAAACGUGAAUGGUAUAAGGCAGACUUGCCGCUGCGACAAGGUGGUCUGCACAACUCACAGUUACUUGAUUCAGGUGACUUGAUUAUAUCAAGUUUGCUGAUUUCGGAUAGCGGUAACUACAGCUGCCAGGUGGACAACGGCAUUGGCACAGAUCGUCUCACGCACGUAUUGCUAGUGCAAGUGCCACCAUCGGCGCCGGUUUUGUAUGUGACUAGUGCAACAUCGAGCAGUAUUCUAAUGCACUGGAAGUGCGGAUUCACUGGCAAUGCACCCAUCACAGGCUAUACGCUCUUCUAUCGUCGUGCUAACAGUAAUAUGGAUGAGAUGCUUUUAUCACGUCACGCAUCUAGUCACGAACUGAAGGGUUUGGUGUGUGGUAGCACUUAUCAAAUCCAUUUGACGGCUCACAAUAAGGUGGGAACUUCUCCGGCCAGCAUCACUCUGCAUGUGCGCACGCAAGGCCAGUCUCCCGGAAUGCCAUCAACUACCAGCCUGAUUGCGCCCAACUCUACCUCGGUAUUGGUGCGAUUGCAUACAUGGCCGGACAAUGGUUGCCCUUUGCUUUACUUCGUGCUACAAUAUAGGCCGGUGACAGAUGAAGUAGAGCGCGAUUGGAUACUGGUAUCGAACGCCUUAAAACCGCAACGUCGUUUCACUAUUUCCGGCCUACAGCCAUCAACUCUGUACCAGCUGCGCAUGGAGGCGCAUAAUGUGGCCGGUGUUUCUCAGGCCGAAUUCACAUUUGUCACGCUCACCAAGGAUGGAGAGCAGCCACCGCCGGAUAUUGUGCAGCGCGGUCAACGUGGCGCCAAUGUUUUCUAUGGAAACGUGAAUCUAUUGAUACCGAGCAUUGCCACGUUGUCAGGCAUGAUUUGCACAAUUGCGCUAGUAGUCAUGUGCUAUCGCCAUAAACAAGGAAAUCGUAUACAAAAGGAAUCGCUGGAGAAUCGUCAGAACUCGGAGGCAGCACAACGGGAACGGUAUUAUGCGACCAUUCACAAAGUGUCGAUGCAGAAUAAUGACAAAAUUCCUGAGACAUCCGAGGAUAUUUCACCGUAUGCCACAUUUCAAUUAUCCGAGACGGGAAACAUGUCACAGCCACAUCAUGCCGGCCCAGCUAAUACGCUUUUGCAUUCCUUCAUGUAUCACGAGCGUGCAUUGACCGAGGGUUGCUCUUCACCACCACCCGCAGCGGUAUUAAAACCAACCCAACACCACAACCACCACCAUCACCUCAACUAUCAUUACAACCACAAUCAACGUCCAACAAAGACAAACUAUAAUCAUUAUCAGACCUCGCCAUUUCACAAUAUCUCUUCCAAGAAUCGCCGCCGCCAUUCGCGUAAAACCGAACCAGAGAGUGAAGAAUCCGAAUCAGAUCAGGAUCAAUUGACAUCAAGCCGCACGGAGUCAUCCAAUCAACAUGAGGGGAAAAUUAAACAUAGUAUCAUCUACCAUGGAGCACAAUCAAGCACAUCCUCAGAUCUCUCACCAAUGUCCGAGCAAAAAUCAUUGCCACGCCGCGGUCGCUCAAGGUACCAUCAUCAACAAUAUCAGUUUUCCACAAAUACAACACCGCGCCAUCAUAACAGUAGCAAAAAUAACAACAUGAACACCACAUCUGCAAAUAACUCGACAAAGAUACUAUCACCACGCGGUGUUUGUGGUAGUGCUGGUGGUGGUGGUGGUAUUGGCAGUAUAGGUGGUAGUGGUAGUGGUGGUGGUGGUGGUAAUCUAAAAUCAAUUUCAAGCACAUUCAAAUCACAAGACUCCAUACAAUGCCAUAUACCCACGCUGGUGAAGUCACCAUCUGUAACACAACAACAACAUCAGCAACAACUACAAAAACAUCAUCAACUACAAAAAACCAAUGUCACCACCAAUGCAACCACAAAUAGUUUAAAUAGUACUAACAGUAGUAGUUGUAGUAGUAGCAUCACCACCUCCAAUAAAAACAAACUAUCACAGCAACAACCCAUAUUGAUAACCCCAAAAAUAGCACAUCAUCCACAACAUCACAAUUUGAUCAGCGCUUCACACCCCACACAUCAACUUAAUCAACCUGAUUCAACCACAGACCUUCUAGACAGUAGUUGUAACAAUCCCAUUGCAUCAGUAGGUCCCGUUACUUGCAUGCCAUCAUCACAAUUCCGACCCAUACCCCAUAAAACGGUACCCGCUUCGGUGGCAAAUGCCAAUGUGAGCGGCGAAAGUGGUGGUACCAUACUUAAUCCAUCCACCGCACCCUUGUCGUCGAAAUUCUUUUCAGCCACAACACUACCUAAAUAGGAUACGGCCAACGGGGGUAGUCUGGAUCUCGACGGGGGGAGCCUUAUGAGCAGUCUGGGCUAUGAUAGUGAAAUAUCGUGCACCUAUAUGGACCCUAUAGAUCAAACAUGAGAUUAGUGGAUGGAGGGAUUGGAGGGAGGUGAACUAAAAGUGGAAUUGUAUUAAAC